UAUUUAUACAGAGGGGGAACGACAUCACUUAUCCACAACACAUUCAUUCACAUAAGAGGGAGAGCUACUUCCACAGUUGUCAGAGUGACCCACUCGGUUUGCCGGAGGAACAUCACUGCUCUUUGCUGAUAUUUGCAAAGAAAAGCUUUCAGAGAAAAAAAUAGAAGCUUUUGUACCAACUAGAGUUCACAAUGAUCUUUUUCAUUCCUGUUUUUGGGGUAAUGCUCACUUUGUAUCAGAUUGGGAAGAAUCCUGCCAGCGCUGGGAUGUGCUGGCUGCAGCAGAGUCAGGACCAAAGGUGUGACAUGGUGCUGAUGAGAGGGGUGACCCGGGAGGAGUGCUGUGCCGGCGGCCGCCUGGACACAGCCUGGUCCAACACCAGCAUGCCCAUGAAUGAGGUCAGCCUGCUGGGCUUCCUGGGAAUCGUGUCCUGUAAACCAUGCAAAGAGACUUGCGACGGAGUGAUAUGCAGCCCUGGGAAGGUUUGCAAAAUGAAGACAGGAAGGCCCCAGUGUGUGUGCUCUCCAGACUGCUCUCACAUUACCCGGAAGCACGCUGUGUGCGGCAGCGACGGGAGGUCAUACAAGGAUGAGUGUUCUGUGCUGAUGGCCCGCUGCAUGGGCCACCCGGACCUGGAGGUCAUGUACCAAGGAGACUGCAAGAAGUCCUGCUCCAACGUGGUGUGUCCUGGUACGCACACCUGCGUGACCGACCAGACCAACAGCGCCCACUGUGUCAUGUGCCGCACAACUCCGUGCCCGAUCCCCAUGCCGUCUGAGCAGGCAAUCUGCGGCAACGACAACAUCACCUACCCCAGCGCCUGCCACCUCCGCCGGGCCACCUGCUUCCUCGGCCACUCCAUAGGGGUCCGCUUCUUCGGCCACUGCAACAGUCCCCCUCGGAAACCACAAGAUUUCGAGGGCAGCGAGGAAAAUGCAGUCUAGGUGGAGAACUCCUGACGCAGUUCCUUGUUUCCGAGAGACGAGCCGGAUCAACAAACAUUUCCAAGUGUCACACCACUAGCUUCCCAUCAUGACCUCUUUUUAUUGUGUUUUUUUUUUUAUUUGGACAAUCACUCCCCCUCCCCUUUGUACACAGAAUGGCGAUACAUUUAGAAGAGAUCUUUGUUGGAAGACAUAAAAUAGUGUAAUUGCUUUAAAAAAGAGCUACUAAAACCCCUGCGAGCAAUUUGCGUUAAUCUUGUGUUAGUUUGGGAAAUUGAGGCAGAUGAACAUGUGUGUGUCUUGAGACAGAAGUAUCUCAUUGGCUCUUUGGGAGAUGUGUGCAUAUUGUAAAUAGAAUACCACUGCUAUUUAUUGGAGAAGGUAUCAAACUCUAUUUAUGUUUUCAUCCUAGUAACAAAUCCAUAUAUCCUUGGGAAAGCUGAUGCAUAAAAUGUAUUUAUUGUGUUUUUUAUGUUUAUUGUGUAUGUACAAUAGCGCUGACCGGUAUUGGCAUUUUACAGCUGUUUUACAUUUUUAACAUUGCCCACAAACAAACAGUUUCCCCCCACAAGCCUCUCUUGUGUGUUUGGAAAGUUGAUACCACUUUAUAUUCUGCCAACGUGGUUUCAGUUCACCACCAACAAGAACAGGACAGCUACAGUUGUUCUGUCUGUACUUAAGCUUUUGUGUGGCGGUGAGGACGGGCUCAGCCUAAACAAACCUGUAUAGUCUCCCUCCUUUCCUCCCUCCCUCCCCCCUUACAUGUUUACUCUGGAUGCUGAACCCAAAAUCUCUGCCACUUGCUGAUGACUACAAUUAACAGUCUGGUUGUGUUAGGAGUCUCACACGACCUCCUCUCUAGAGAGCUUGACUCCGUUUUGUAAAUGCGUUUUUGACGGUUCGUGCAUGUUUCAUUCCGUUGCUGUUUUGCCGUUUUGCUGCUUUAAUCUGAUUUGAAUCUUUCUAAGAACUUACUGGACAGACAAAUGUAAUCACCAUUGUCUGACUGAAAGGAAAAUUUAAUUUGUCUGAGCACGGACCGCAAUUAAGGCCAAUUGAACAUUCCUGAUUACACUGCAAGAGACGAGUUGAUCUGUUCACCUGCCGGUCUGACUUAAAUAGCCAACUUCAAAUGGCCAAAUGAUCCAAUUAAAUCUUUAGACUCAAAGCAGAUGUCUUAUGUAAUUCCCUUAUUAUGGAACAUCUCAAUGACUCUCCUGUAAAUAACAGUCUCAUGUGCACCUACCUGUGUACCUACUGUGAAAUGAUAAAUGCAUCAACAUAUUUUUGUAUUUUUGUACUGCCAUUUCAAAACCAACAUAAAGUUUAAUAA